GGACAGCAGUCAAAAUGUAACAUGGCCGCGUAUUUACUAUGUUUAACAACCGGAGGAGGAGUACCGUUGUUUUCCAGGACGAAGGGUGAAAUAAAAACAUUGCCGUUUGCGGUGAUUGGCACGCUAAACGGCGUUCACAUGUUUGCCAGCACUCACAACAUCGAGCUUCUCGCCACGCAAACAAAAGACGCCAAAAUCGCGUGGAAAGUAUGCCACGGGAGCAUCACGUUGAUCCUGGUGACUCGGGACGACGGCGGGUCUGAUGCCUGCUUGCGCCAUCUACUGGCAGCCGUCUUUGACGCCAUGGUACUGCUGGUUGGACUCGACGACCUCAUCAACAUCAAGAAUGUCGAGCGGUUAAAACGGGAGCUUAAGUGUUGCUAUAAGCUGAUUGACUGCCUACUGGAUCAGUGCAACUCGCAAGUUUUCGGCGAUCUCACCGGUGCUGUCGACGUCGUGCUAGGACAGGAGAAUACCCUGUUACAGGGCGCUCUGGAGGGCUUCGUCGAGUACGCAGACUCCACCUACGGCUGCCUGCUGGUGCGGGGGAAGGUUGCCGUGGCGACGAAGAAGUGGUGGGGCCUGACGGGGAUGGAGUUGGUGUUGAUUUCGCUGCUAGUCAGCACGCUUCCCCCGGGAUCGUCCCGCGACAUUCCCGUAUUCCUACCUCAGGGCAGUCCGACAGUGCCGCACCGGCUGUGCACGCUGCAGCUGACCGCGGGGGUCGAGGCGUGCGUGCUGUGCGGGCCGGCGCCGUCGCUCGCGCGACUGUCGGACGAGCUGGCGCGCUACUGGCGACCGCCGUACGAGUCGGUGCGCUCGCUCGCGCAGCUGCACCCGCGCAACUUCUCGCACCAUCUCAGGAUCGACCCGAACAUCUUAGGGUUCGUGCUUGUCAACACGGAGGCGCAUCGAUGUCUGUGUUCGGUACAGCCACGCCACGAGGACAGUCGCAGGGAAGGUUCUAAUCUCUCGUAUACACGACGUAGAGCUAUACUGAGGUCCUUCUACAAGCACACCAUAGGCCAUGUAUAUGCACCGCCGCGAUUAAAAGACGACCCUAAUUUAGGUCCGACGGACGACAUCAGCGAGCGACUGCUGCAUCGGCCGCAGGAGACGUACAUGCUGUUCGACGCGUACAAGUGCUACUCUCUGCAGACUGCCGUCUACCGGCUCUUCGUCCUCUACGGCGCGCAGAUUCCACACUACGCUCUCAGGUCUGUGACACGAAAGACGCUUGAAAUACUCACCAAAGACAAACAAGUGCGGUUGUAGCACAGUGACGCCAUCUGGUGGCCAUUUAAUAAGGGCGCAAGUGCAACGCGUGUUCUCAUACGGCACGGUGAUAUUAACAAAGUAAACAUCAUAGUGUCAGACUGUGUACACUGUUUGAAUCAAAAUGCCAACAUAUCUGUUCGUGCUUAUGUACAGUGCUUUUGAUUCUGAACAACUGUGCGUUUAGAAUGAUAGCGAUGUCUUUAUCAGAGAAAAUACUUCCACUCCGGUUCAUCUUGUACAUGCAUCUUGUAGAUUAGCGAGAUUUUUCUAUUGUAAAUAUUGUUUACAUCUAUGCGAAUGGAUUCUGUAUAUAUUGUAUAAAUUGCACUACCCUAAAUGAAUUGUUUUCACGGGGUAGUUGCAUUUGUUCAAAAUGUGUUAGAUAUUUUUUGCUGAUUAUUUUUUAUGAUAAUAUAAUUAAUUAAUAUGAAUAAAUUAUUUAGUAUUUGAUAUGAAA